UCCAUAUUUCGUGCAUCAAUAAUAAAAUCGUUUCAAUUUGUUCAACCCAAUUUAUCACAGGCACAAUUAUAAAAUGGAAUCAUCUGAUGAUUCAUGUGACAGUGAAAGUGAUUAUGAGGAAGAAUCAACAAGGAAUAUUAAUGGAGAAGCCCAAGAUAUCACGGAGAAUCUACUGCCAACAAAAUCAUGCUUGAGAUACAAGCUUUGUUAUAAUAAAUUUAUUAAAUGGGCGAAACAAAAUCAGAGUGAAGAAUUUACAGAGAAUGCAUUUCUUGUAUAUUUUCAUGACCAAUCGAAAAAACUAAAAGCUUCAACUCUCUGGAGUGAAUGGUCAAUGCUAAAAAGUGUGUUGGAUCUGUCUCACAAUAUUAACCUCAAAACUUUUCAAAAACUCGGAGCUUUCCUGAAAAAACAAUCCAAGGGAUAUAGACCAAAAAAAUCCCAAAUUUUUUUGUGGGAUCAUAUAAAAACGUUCCUUCAGGAUGCACCAGACUCAGUGUACCUCGCAAUGAAGGUGAUUCUCAUUUUUGGCGUAUGUGGAGCAUUACGAACUAUUGAAUUUUGCAACAUCCAGACCUCAGACAUUGAAGACACAGGAACUAAAUACAUCGUGAACAUUCCCGAGACGAAGACUUACAAUCCAAGAACUUUCGUUAUUGGUCUGCCAAUGUACAAUGUAGUCCAUCUGUACGCAGCUCUGAGGCCAGAUGGAUUGUCGACGAACAGAUUUUUUUUGACUUAUCAAAAUGGAAUGUGUAGACGACAGGUUAUUGGUAAAAAUAAAUUUUUGGGCACGCCAAAAGCUAUCGCACUUUUCCUAAAAUUGUCAGAUCCUGAAAAGUUCACAGGACACUCUUUCCGCCGGACGUCCGCCACUUUACUUGCAAACACGGAACCUAAUGUCACAAUUUUAAUGCAACACGGUGGUUGGACGUCGGAAAAGGUUGCACGAGGUUACUGCGAAAGUUCAUUGCAAAGUAAAGAACGAAUGUUCCAUAAAAUCGCCACAGAAAAUGAGUCAAUCACAACUAAAAAUCCUCAUCCAAUGUCAAGCACCUCAACAAAAAAUUUAAAUCGUGGAACAUCGGAUUAUCCACCUGAAACUGAAAAUCCUCGCUCUCUGCUCAGAAUGUCGACAAAUCACUCAAGACCUGAAUGUUCAUAUCGUAUGAAGAAAAACUCUCACUCUGCUGUUUCACCGGAACUGAAUGCAAAUUUUCAAUCAGCAUCGACUAGUAAUUUUGACACAUCCUUUGAAAAUUUGAACUCAACGUUGGAAAAUGAUUCUGAUGACGAAGUGCUGCAAAAUUUCAAUUCAGCAUUCUUAAACAAUAAUAACCCAGAAAUAGCAUCCUCGAGCACAGAUGGUGCAAACAUCAACACUUCAUCUUCUAGAAAACCCCUCGCAUCGAUGGAUAACUUAAUAAGACCAGCUUCAUUUCCAGUACAUUUGAACUCACAUAGUUCAUCUUUGAAGAGACUAGUUCCAGCAUAUGGGAAUUUGCCUACUGGACAACCAUCCAAACAACAAAAACGGAGCGAGUCGCGAAGAGAAUCAACGAACAGAGAAGAGACUGAUAAAAGAAAUAUUGAGCACCGUACCUUGGAUAAUCCUAUUAUCACAAUGAACCAUUGCACGAUCAAUAAUUUGAUAAUAAAAAAUUAUUAUUAUAAUUCUCAAAAUAUGUAACAAA